GCGAGGUUCUCUGGAGCGCACUCCAAGAUCGGCCCGAAUUUCAAUUUGUGUCGGCAGUCAGGCCAUCAUUUCUUGAUUGCCGUCGGAUCUGGGUAUCGCUCGCAAUCCAAGCGGCCAGCAGCGCCUCGCUCCGAACUCGUCGAGGAUUUCUUCGCUAUUUCCAGCGGAAUUGGAUGUUGAGCUCAGAUCUCGAAUCCAAUGGUUCGCGAGAUGCUGCGCGCUUUCUUGAUCGGGAGUAUUAUUUGUGCAGCUCAUUGUGUGCCGGUCGGGCGCGAAUAUCUUGCAGAUUCAUUGGAAUGGUCGGAAGAAUCAGUGCAGGCUGAUCUGAAAACAGUUGUGGAGCAGAGAUUAGAGCGAUUCUUCAGAGGCAUCAAAUAUUCGGAGUGUGUUGUGUCGAAGGAAAGAGAUUUGUUGAUCACGGCUGUAAAGGGCCUCCUGAAAGCCUCAAAAGAAGUGCGGGAGAACAAAGACGUCGUCGCAUCUCUCGAGGAACUACAAGAGAUUCUCGAAGGGAACGCUCGGAUGGUGGUCGAAAGCUCCAGGGACAUACAAGGACUUCUCGAAUUCAAGAGCAGAUUCGCGGAUAUCAUGUCGAUGUCACUCGGAUAUCCCGGCGUCACGAAUUUCAUCAAGAAAAUUUAUGAAAUCCAGAGGAGGGCCCCGACUAUCUUUGUCCUUUUGGACAAGAUCAAGAACAUCCCGAUGGACAUGUUGAGAAACUUCGACUAUUUCGCCUCUGUGAAAAACUGUGCGGCGGAUAUUCGAAGACCACCGGUUCCGACCUGAAUGGCAGGAUUGAAUGGUCUCCCUGCUAUCUGCGCGAUCAUCCGCUAUUUUCCAGUCACUAGCUAGGCGAAAUUCGAGAGACAGCCGUGAGUCCCUGAAUUCGACGGGCGACAGAAGUGAAAACAAAAUGUCCGCGCCGGAAUCCCCACCGCCAGAAUAAAUGAAUUUUUCUCAGCAAU